AUGGAAAUUCAUACGGGAAACCUUGACCCAUCUAUGAAGAGGGACAUCAUACAUGUCAAAAUAAUCCUCAGCUUGCUGAACCCACAACCUAGUGUAUUCCCCUUCAUAUGUAGGGAAAUUCAUCUUAGGCAUGCGACCAUUGUCAGUGUGGUGGUUAUCAGAAUGAUAGUUUCGGGGAAGAAUUUGGAAGGGGUUCAGGGUGCGUACCAUUGGCCGGGCAAUGGAGCUGGGGAAGCUUGCCCCAACCCCAUCGACCCGUGGCAUCGUUUCGACGUGGUGCUCGUUGGGCUGAGCAGCCGUAGUACCCGCAGAAGGACGCGCGGCGGUCUGCUCCGACGAAGGUGGGACGUGGGAGAUCACGCCUGUCGACGCCGAAGCGUUGUCGAGGAGCGAUCGAUCCCAGUAUUUGGUGAGUUUGUCCACCUUCAGCUUGAGAUCAUGCACGACACCCUCGGACUCCUGGCGCUAGCUCUGCAACUCGCCCGCCGCCUGCGUGAUGGGAGCGACGAGAGCAUCUUGGCGUUGCUCCGACUCGGAGAUGAGAGAGAUCUGCCGCAUGCGACGCUCCCAGUUGAGGUCCGAUUCGUCGAACCAUUUGGAGAAGGUGUCGUCGACCUCCGUGAUGCGCUUGGUGAUGUUGUCGUCGACGGUGGCAAACCGCAGCUCGAACUUGUUGUGGCUGUCGAUGAAGCGAUCCUCGAGCUUGCAGUCGGAUUCCUCGAACCCUUCUCGAUUUGGGUCUUCUGCUCGGCGAAAAGGCGAUUCAUCUCGUCAAGGAGAAGCUUUGACUCAGGAUUCAUGGCGCCGCGGCUACGAGUGAAGCGGGUGUAG